UUCUUUAAAAUACGCAUCACUUGUAGGUUUGAAUAGACCUACAUGAAUUAAGACAGUACAUUUAUAAAUGAACAUCACAAUGUCAAAUAUGCAAUAAAUAAAUUAAAAAACAAAUAUUACAGGAAUUAACAUAUUUAUAUCUACUCGUGUAACUUCAUAAACAUAAAAAAAAAACAGAAAGCUAGCUUGCGUCAAUACAUGCUGUGUGGCGUGUAGUAGUUGGAUAAGGGGAUAUUAAAAAGGAAUCUCCAAAAUAAUAUUCCAACAUUAUUUAAUCAAGUUUCUUACAAAUAUAAACCCAUGAAAAAAGUAAAUAUCAAUGAGAAUAUUAAUUAUUAAUAAUUGAAUAAACUUUAUAUUGUCGUGAGGUUUUAAUUGUUCAGUGUAAUAUGAGUACUAACGUGUAUUAUUUUAUAAGCAACAAAUCAGGUCUUUGUUAAGAGAAACCAAUUCUCUAUCGCAAAAGUGCAAGUCAUCGCUAUUUUUAUAACAUUAGGAUCGAUAUAUUUUUGUAUGUAACGGUUCUUAAAAUAGUUGUCUGUAGAACUAAUCCAUGUAUUUCUUGUGCGUUGAUUCUUAUAAACAGAAACAAACAUACGAGCUUUGAGGUUACGGCUCUACGUUGUUAGAAACUGGAGUGAUAUUUUUACUACGUAAUUGAAAAAAUAGAUUUUAUGAGUUCAAAUAGAUUAACGAAAAUGGGUGCUGUUGAGACUGCACAAGAAGAUACAGAAGUUUCAACAUCAUUGAUUAAAAGAGUUUAUUACGCUGCACGAGAUGGAAUGGCAAUUGUAUUGUAUGGUCUUCUUAGUGAUAAACCACCCGGACAUAUUGAUUAUCUUAUUAAUCAGAAAGUUUUGGAAGAUGGACAAAGAUGUACAUCUUUAAUAAUUGCAGCAAGAUAUGGACAUGACAGGGUUGUAAAGAUGUUGAUUGAUAAAUUUAAACCUGAUCUGGAACAAGAAGGAAUUGUCAAAUUUGAUGGAUAUGUUAUUGAUGGAGCUACUGCCCUUUGGUGUGCAGCAGGGGCAGGUCAUUUAAAUGUUGUAAAAACUCUUGUUAAAGCUGGAGCAGAUGUAAAUCAUCCAACCAAAACUAAUUCUACUCCUCUUCGAGCUGCAUGCUUCGAUGGACGGUUGGAUAUUGUUAAAUAUUUAAUAGACCAUGGUGCAAACAUACAUAUAUCUAAUAAAUUCAAUAAUACCUGUUUGAUGAUUGCAGCAUAUAAAGGACAUUUAGAUGUUGUGAAUUUUCUCUUGAAAAAUAAUGCAGAUCCUAAUGAAAAAGCUCUUUGUGGUGGAACAGCAUUAUAUUUUGCAGCAGAGUGUGGUCAUACACAAAUAGUUUCUGAAUUAUUAAGUUAUGGUACAAAAAUAACAAAAAAUGUGAGUGGUAUGACUCCUUUGAUAGCAGCUGCUGAACGAACGCGUACACCCGUAGUAGAAUGUUUGGCAGCUCGUACAGAGGUAACAAAACGGGAAGUAAUUGAUGCUUAUGAAUUACUUGGAGCAUCUUAUGCAAAUGAUAAAGAUUGGUACAACUUAACAUUGGCAUAUAUGUACUUGCACAAAGCAAUGAAAUUAAGAUAUAGUGAUCCUAAUGAUAUUGUGUAUAAAGAAUUAGGUGAAACAGUGAAAGCAUAUGAAAACUGGAAGGAAUGUGAUACAUUAGAAAAAUUAGAAAGUAUUAAAAACAAUCCCAAUGCACUUCAUAUGGAGUCUCUUGCUAUUCGGGAAAGAAUACUAGGAUGCAACAAUCCAGAAUUACCACAUCCUAUAAUAUUUAGAGGUGCUGUUUUUGCAGAUAAUGCAAGGUUUGACAGAUGUAUUGAUUUAUGGCUUCAUGCCUUAAAAUUAAGACAGUUAAAUAAUAUAUCUGCAGUGAAAGAUCUUCUUCGAUUUGCACAGGUUUUCUCUCAAAUGAUUCAUGUUGGAGUAGAUCUUGAUUUUUCUCAAGUUAUAAACGUAUUAGAAGCAUGUGUUACAGAAUUGGGACGUAAUAAAAGUAAAAUGCAAAAUCCGGAUCCCAUGGAUGGUAUUGACCAAUAUAUUUUGAUGACAUUAAACGAAAAAAAUUACAACGAAGCAGAUGUUUCUAAAGCCCACUAUUUGGUACACAAGUUAUGUGCAUUACAAGUUAAAAUGAGGGAUGGUCAAACACUUCUACAUCUUGCUGUUAAUUCUGAAACCCCAGUUGAUGAUUUUCAUACUAAUGAUGUAUGCAAAUUUCCCUGUGCAGCUACUGCAAAGUUAUUAGUACGUUGUGGUGCUGAUGUUAAUGCAAUGGAUGAUGAAAGAAAUACCCCACUUCAUGUUAUUGUUUGUUAUAAAAAAGCAACUAGUGAUUUUAUGACACUUUAUUCGAUAAUUAUGGAAUUAAUAGAGGCAGGUGCUCAUAUAGAUACUGUAAAUAGUAAUGGGAAGACUCCAUAUGAAUCCGUAGCAACGGGUGUGGCUGAAAUAGUACUACGUACUCAUACAAAAUUGUCUCUAAAAUGUAUGGCGGCAAAAGCUGUAAAAACAUAUAAUUUAUCUUAUUGUGGUAAUGUACCACGUUCCCUGGAAAGUUUUAUAGAAUUACAUGGACCUGGCCUUAAUCAAGGCUGAUUUAUUUUUUGAUCUCUCUGAUUUAUCGUGUGAACAAUUGUAUAAAAUAAUGCAAAAUAUUCCAACUAAA